AAAUUUUCACAAAAAAAAUUAUUUAGUUAUUUUGAUUCUUCCAUUUUGAAAGUAAUGACGCAAUUAAGUAUUUUUCUAUCUGCUUAUUUGGUAGUUAAAACCCACAUGUGAGAUGGUUUAGCCCAUUUGGCCUCACAUAUCCAGGGCAUUUAACAACCGAGUUGAGUACACGAAACGGGACGUCGUCGAUAAAGAGUUAUUGUCGGCGUGCGUCUCCCGUUCCGAAGGCGCUAAUAAGCUCUAAUCAAAGAUGCCUCUGAACGAUGAGCGACCUUCCUCCACAUCCAGCAGUGAAGAUCAAACCAGCGAUGGGGAAUCGUCGUCCGAGUGCCGUGAGAGCAUGGCGACGGCCAGUGACCUCGAAUCCCUGCGUGACAGCUUCAAUAGUGACAUUUCCAGCAAGCAUUGCACUCCUUCCUCAAGCCCACCUGAAACUUUGACUCUAGACGAAGUCAUGGAGGCUGGAAGAGAUUUGUUCAAUCUCAAACUGUCACAUGACAUCGUUAUGAACCGCGAAUUCCAACCGCAUCCAAAUCUCAAGGCGAAGAACAGUAUAUGGAAUGCGGUGAAAGAAAAUGUCCAAAAGGCCUUCUGGGACAUCCUGCAGGUUGAGCUGAACGACGACCCGCCUGAGUAUAAACACGCCAUUAAAUUACUGGAGGAGAUCAGAGAGAUCCUGCUGUCAUUCCUUAAUCCGGGUGCCAAUCGGAUGCGAACCCAGAUCAUGGAGGUGCUGGACAUGGACCUGAUAAACCAGCAGGCUGACAACAAUGCUGUAGACAUCUGCGGACUUGCUUCGUACGUCGUUACCACCAUGGGUAAGCUGUGUUCCCCGGAAAGGGAUGGCGACAUCAAGAAGCUCCAAGAACUAAACACAGAAAACAUCGUGACUCUCUUCAGGGAGAUACUACAUGUUCUGGACUUGAUGAGAGCAGACAUGGUCAACUUUGCAAUUCGAAGCAUAAGACCUGUGCUGCAGGUGAUUGGUGCUGAAUACGAGAGGGAAAAGUUUCAAAAUGUCCUGGACAAAACUCCCAAUGCUUUAAACAUCACCACCUCCUGGAUCCAAGCAGCUAUCGAAGAGCUUCUGUCGGUCAGAAAACCUGCUGAAUUAUCGAAUGAUCCGGAGAAAAUAUUGCAAGGCCUGCCUGGACCUUCUCAGAUCUUCAAUACGGCCUUCCUUCGUCUCCUCACGUGGGACUUCUCCAAGAGCUCCGUGCCUGAGACUUGGGUGGUGGAUGAGACCCAACUAGAGGAGAUUCAGAGGCAGCUGAAGCAGGCUGUGGCUGUGAACACGGUGCUGCUCAUUGUGUUCAGUACCAUUGGUGAUCCGAUCCAGGGUCUCUCUGUCCUGUCUGACCGCUUGAAGAGGAUGAUCACUGUGCUGCUGAACGGGAUGCACAAACCGAACUUUAACUUAAAGGAAACACUAGAGGGCACCAGUGUACAGAUUUGCUGCGAACUCAACAAGUCUCUGAGGGAGAGGGACUACCCAGCGCUGACCCCAGAGCAGCAGGCCACACUGACGGGACAGAUAUGCAGCAUCGGACAGAAGGACAACCCUGUUCGCACCCUUGUUGAGGAUCGUGUCCACCAGUACUUCAUGGGGCUCCUCUCUGACCCCAGACCCGAGGUCAAACUUCAAGAGGCACCAGCGGGCUUGGCUGCCAUCCAACCAGAACUAGGUGUGAUUGGGAAAGCCUUCAUCACUCUGGUCAACUACAACAGGGCUGUCUACGCACCUUUCUACAUGGAAAUCAUGAAGAAGCUGCUAUUCUUCAGUGAUCCACCAGCAACAAGCUUUCCCCAGGAACCAGCUCAGGGAUCCAUUCCUCAUGACUGACACAGAAGUUUCUCGUGGAGUUGAAGAAUAUUUCUUUGCUGUCAUAUGUGGCUGAUUCUGAUUUGAUGUUGGUGUUGGGAGGGCUUGUCGAGAAAGGAAAAUUCUAAAAUGAGAGAAAGUUUAUUAAAUAAAUGUAUGAAGUCCUAAAAGUGUUUAAAGGAGAGGCAUUCU